CUUCCUUUUGGGUUAGCUGCUUCUUCCUGGACCGGAAUCCCCACCGAAUAUUGUGAAACCCACUGUGUUCUCAACACGCACCCCUCCCGUUAUUCUGGAGAGGAAGCAGCCGUGCCCCUAAACGCGCAAGGGUCCGAGGAAGGUGCUAGCAGCAAUUUAGUGUUGCUGGCCCUAUUUGCGCGAGAACCGUGAGCCAUCAAGUCGCCUUCCGUCGAGCAAAACACGAUUUUCGCUUGGAGAACGCAAGCAGACAGACAUUUCAGUGAUGUACUUUGCACAAUUAUUAUGACAUGCAGUACAGUAUAUUGUGGCUUAAUUCAAGUGCAGACUGUCAAUUAUAAGUGCUAAAUUAUUUGCUUCUGGUGAAACGAUAAACGCCUAGCUGUCAAGCCACUAAAACUAGCCUAAAAUGAUUACUGGGCAUGAUCUACUUGUCCAAUUGAGCAGCAGCUAAUACGCUAGCUGGCUAACUGUCUCGUAGAGUUGGUGAAUAUUAUUUUUUUGGUGAUAAUUGGGGGCCGUGUUGUUCGUACCUCGGGAUAUUUCCAUCAUUUUGGUCGUGUACAGUCGGGUUUUGAUUGGAUCUGAGUGCUAAGUGCUUUUCGCGUAGUAGACGUUCAGAUUGUAGUAGCAGAUAUGGCCCCAAAGAAGAGACCUGGCCCUAUUGUCAUAACACCUGCUGGAGAGGGGCAACCACCGUCCACCAACGCAGCAAUUGAGACCAGCCUGGUAGACCUUCCGAAAUUGCUCGGGGAGUUGGACUUGGACGAGCAGCAAAGGAAACGUUUGGAGGCUUUCCUCACCCAGAAAGCCAAGGUGGGCGAACUCAAAGAUGAUGACAUGUUCCCCAUCUGCGAGCUGGGAGCGGGCAACGGUGGAGUGGUCCAUAAAGUUCGCCACAAACCCUCUGGGCUAGUGAUGGCCAGAAAGCUCAUCCAUUUAGAAAUCAAGCCUGCAGUUCGCAACCAGAUCAUCAGAGAGCUUCAGGUGCUGCACGAGUGUAACUCGCCCUACAUCGUGGGUUUCUACGGGGCCUUCUACAGCGACGGAGAGAUCAGCAUCUGCAUGGAGCACAUGGACGGAGGAUCCCUGGACCAGGUGCUGAAGGAAGCCAAGAGGAUACCUGAGGAGAUCCUGGGGAAAGUCAGCAUUGCCGUACUGAGAGGACUUGCCUAUCUCCGGGAGAAGCAUCAAAUUAUGCAUAGAGACGUCAAGCCGUCCAACAUCUUGGUGAACUCUCGAGGGGAGAUCAAGCUGUGUGACUUUGGCGUGAGCGGCCAGCUCAUCGACUCCAUGGCCAACUCGUUUGUGGGAACGCGCUCCUACAUGUCGCCGGAGAGACUGCAGGGCACCCACUACUCGGUGCAGUCGGAUAUCUGGAGCAUGGGCCUGUCUCUGGUGGAGAUGGCCAUCGGACGCUUCCCCAUCCCGCCCCCUGACGCCAAGGAGCUGGAGGCCAUCUUCGGGCGGCCCAUGCUGGACGAGGCGGGCGGGGAGGCCCUCAGCACCUCCCCCAGGCCCCGGCCCCCAGGCGGGCGGCCUGUCAGCGGACACGGAAUGGACAGUCGUCCGGCGAUGGCUAUAUUUGAACUACUGGACUACAUUGUCAAUGAGCCUCCUCCCAAGCUGCCGCAUGGUGUCUUCACCUCCGACUUCCAGGAGUUUGUGAAUAGAUGCCUCAUAAAGAACCCCGCAGACCGGGCAGACCUGAAGAUGCUGGUGAGCCACACGUUCAUCAAGCGUGCAGAGGUGGACAACGUGGACUUUGCGGGCUGGAUGUGCAAGACCAUGGGCCUGAACCAACCCAGCACCCCCACCCGCUGUGCCGAAUGAGCAGCCUGCUGCCCUCUCCUCGCGCUCCCCUCACCACUCCACACUUCUGUCAUCUCCCCUUUGCCUUCGUUGUGCAACACACACACACAUAUACUGUACACAAAUAUACACACACUGUACACUGUACAUACAUACACACACACACGCUUUCAUUCACACUCCCACAUAUAGUCAUACACACAGCUCCAUGGUUUCGCUCUCAUUUUUUAAGUUGUCAAUCUGGCAUCUUUGGAGGUGCAUUGCAACAACGAAUCAUGUCCUUUUUUUUGAUUAAGCGCUGAAAUGAAUUUGUUACAGAAAAAAAAUGUCAAAAUGUCAAAUUCUCUACAUUUUCUUUCCCUUUCUCGUUCAUUCAUGCUCUCACUUCCUUUUUUGUAUUCUAAUUUUCAGUGUUUUAAGGUGGACUUGUAUGCUCCAUGGGAUCUAUUAUUACGGGCGAAUGUGGGUUACUCAUAUCAUGAAUGUGAAAUGGUCACCAAAACACCACUGUUGUUGGCCAAGAGCAUGUUGCCGUGUCACGUGAACAGACAUGGUGGAAGAUGACUGUAUCAUUUAAUUAAUUUCCUUUCUUUUUUUGUAAUCAUCAUAUUUUUUGUUCAUUGUUCUUUUCGUCUUUUUUUCUGUUCUUUCUUUUCUUUCCUUUUUUUUCCGUUUUUUGGCCUGUUCAAUUUGAAACCAAAGAAGGUACUGUUGUGAAUGCGGGAGUGAUUAUGCCAUUUGCGCUGUGAUAGUGUUGAUAUCAUGAAUGUAAGACUCAUGGCUACUGUAAAAGUUCUCCAGGCAUUUUUGCUUCCCAUACAAGAGAAGCCACAUUUAAGGGGGUGGGGGAGUGCAUGGUGGUUGGAGGGAGUUUGGUGAUGACAAUUUUGAAGGGUGGAAGGAGGGUGAAAGGGGGAGGAGGUCAUGCUGUAGCCUUCGUGGCCAAGACGUGACCUCUGCCGGUUAUCAUGAGAUGUAUAUGCUUUUAAGUCUUAUAUAUAUUUUUUGACCGUAAUCUAAAAAAAAAAAAAUCAUACGAAAUUUACUCUGUAAGUUACAAAGCCUGAUAAAAAAACCGUACUGUAUUUUACCUGUGCAUUUUUUUGCAGCCAGAGGAGAAGCUCAAAGAGGAAAAAUGUGUUUGGUGCUUCUGUCUCUGUGGAGGCCAAAAGCAUCGGUCCCAUCAUUGGACUCUGAGGGCGCGGUGAUGAUGUACUUGUUUCGUGUCAAGCUGGCAUGGUCAAUUUGUCUUGCUUCUUUACCCUUUUCAAUCCAUGGUGGUUCGUUUGGAUGUCUACAGAACAUGCCUGAUUCAUAUUUCUUAUCUCUUUUGCCUGAGUUUUUUUUCUUUUUUUCUUGUUGCUGUUGUUUUUUGUUUUUGUUUUCCUUUCUCUCAAAAUGGUUUGAGUAUAGGUCGACGCUUCAGUGCUUUACUUUUGCGUGACUUGUUCCCCCAAGUUGACAACUUUUUAGGGGAAGACCCUUGCUCAGUAUCGGCAUCGCCGGUAGUGGUGAAAGCCGUCUUUUCUUGCUUGUUCUGUGCUCUCUGGUAUUCUCUUUGCUAUUCUGUUCUUCUCCCACAGAGAAAGAGGAUUUAUUUGGAAGUGGGGAGGAGAAGCAUUGCCACGUGUUUUGUGUGUGAAGCUAAGGUAACAGUGCAGAGUAAGUGUGCUGCCCCUGCAGUCUUAAAGAUGAAAUUUUUUUGACCAGUUUAGAGGAAAAGUUUGGGGGGAAAAGUCAUUUUAUUGUCACGCAAAAAUAUGUUGAAUACAGUUCUAAUAUAAAAAUAAAACCUAUUUGUGAAUGA